AUGGUAUCCGAAAAUUUCAAAGACGCAUUUUCAAACGUAACCGCCUCAGAUUCCAGAAUUCGAACCGGGGGGAGAUCUGUUGUCGCUCAGCGGGUGAAGGAAGCGGAGAUCACGGAGCAGGAUUCUCUGCUCCUGACGCGAAACCUACUUCGAAUCGCCAUCUUCAACAUCAGUUACAUCCGAGGCCUUUUUCCCGAGAAGUACUUCAGUGACAAGUCCGUUCCCGCUCUAGAGAUGAAGAUUAAGAAGCUUAUGCCCAUGGAUGCAGAGUCUAGGAGGCUGAUUGAUUGGAUGGAGAAAGGUGUCUAUGACGCGUUGCAGAAGAAGUACCUGAAGACCCUUCUGUUCUGUAUCUGUGAGGAGACAGAGGGUUCGAUGAUCGAAGAGUAUGCAUUUUCGUUCAGCUAUUCUAGUUUGAAUAGUGAUGAAGUCUCCAUGAAAGUUAGUCGCAAUGGCAACAAAAAGAAUGGUGCAACCUUCAAAUCUGACGUGACUGAUGUAACCCCUGAUCAAAUGAGGAGUUCUGCUUGCAAGAUGAUUCGGACACUUGUUUCGUUGAUGAGGACAUUGGAUCAAAUGCCUGAGGAGCGGACCAUUUUGAUGAAGCUCCUUUAUUAUGAUGACGUCACGCCGGCAGAUUAUGAGCCUCCAUUUUUUAGAAAAUGUUCUGAAAAUGAGGCACCCAAUGACUGGACCAAGACUCCACUGAAAUUGCAAGUGGGGAAUGUGAACAGCAGACAUGUUGUCUUGUCUCUGAAGGUUAAAAGUGUCCUCGAUCCUUGUGAGGAUGAAAAUGAUGGUCUUCCAGAAGAUGAGGAAGCGAGCCUAGGAGAUGACUCUGGACAGGGGAAUGACUCUUCUUCCGACAGUGAGGUAUUGGCUGAAGCAAAAGCAAAUUCGAGAAAUCACAACUGUUUUUUCCUCAUUUUCUCAAUUUGUGGGAUAACACUAGAUAUUGUUGAGAGGCUGAUGAAAGAAGGGAUUAUUUCCAUAUCUGGGAAGGAUAGUUACACCGUAAACAAGGGAAUCAACUCGAAAGCAUGUACAGUGAAAGAAGAGGCUGAGAUGGAAGGCAUCACAAAUUUUGAGAAGACUUGCAACAACUUUGAAGAAGAUUUCAUGUACAUGAAGGCACUAUACUAUGCUCUUCCCAUGGAUUACGUUUCAAUACCAAAGCUUCAGAGCAAACUUGCAGGUGUAGCCAACCACAGUACUGUUAGGAAGUUGAUUGACAAGAUGGAACAGGAUGGGUAUAUUAAAAACACAGGCAACAGGAGGUUAGGUAAGCGAGUUAUUCACUCCGAGUCUAGCAACAGAAAGCUCCUUGAGGUCAAACAGUACCUGGAGCAGAAAACAAUGGAGAUCGAUACCAACUGCCAAACAUUUGAAUUCAAUAAUUCGGAGUUCCCUCCCGGUGGUAAUUAUUAUUGCUCCACUACAUGUUUCAGUGAUUUCAUAUACGAAUCACUUACCAUCAGGAGUGUGAUUGAUAUAGAUACUCUAGACUUUGUAUUAUUUGUUAAUCUGGCUUAAGUAGUAUAUAUCAACUUGUUAUCUUGAAGGAAACUUGCCAUGACAAUAUUCUAAAUAUAACAUGCUUUUGAGCUUGUCAAUAGACAAAAUCAUGAACAAUGGGUCCACAUUUGGUGGCCUCCACUCCAUUGGAUCUGAUCUCACACGCACCCAAGCCAGAUCUAAGCCACAUCAGAGUGGACAGCUGCUGAAUGAUCAAGCAGCUCACACAAAUGAUCAGGAACGUGGAAAC